GUUUGAACGUUUGAACCACUCAUCAAUCAAGCGCGGGCCAUUCCAUCACAUGAUGAAUCAGAUCAGCAUGUGUCUACAAGUUACUUGAAGUACUCUCUACUCUCACCAUGUCUGACACAGUUUGGCGACCAGAAGAUGAUCCAAAUAUCAGACCCCCACUUCAGGAGGGCCAGGUAUACAGGUCAGAUAUACUCGAUGUGAUCGAGACGUCGCUCGAUGGACUGAGUGGGGAACUGAGGACUUUGAGUCUCGAUAUUCAUGACCAUCCAGAGCUAAAGUUCGAAGAAAAAUAUGCCCACGACACAUACACUGCGUUUAUGGAAAAACAUGGUUUCAUAGUAACUAAGAAUUAUCAUCUUGAGACUGCCUGGAUGGAUGCACUCCCUGGGAUCGGACACGCUUGUGGACACAAUCUCAUUGGGAUGUCCGGAGUAGCGGUAGCUCUCGCAGCCAAAGCCGCAAUGGAGAACCUGAAUAUCGAUGGAAAGGUGAUUCUGCUAGGUACACCUGCUGAGGAGGGCGGGUUUGGCAAGGUUAUGCUGUAUGAAAAGGGUGCUUAUGAUGAGAUGGAUGUGUGCCUCAUGUGCCAUCCUGCACCUGGCCCCCGCCACUCCAUUAGUUUGAGUGGUUGCUUGGCUAUCUCUCGCAUUACUGUGGAGUAUCAAGGUCAUACUGCUCACGCUGGUUUAAGCCCCUGGGAGGGACAAAAUGCACUCGAUGCGGCUGUCCUUGCAUAUAACAACGUUUCCCUUCUUCGUCAACAAAUUAAACCUACCCAUCGCGUGCACGGCAUCUUUGAAGGAAAGGAUUGGGCUCCGAACAUCAUACCGGAUCAUGCUAUAAUGCAGUGGUUGGUCCGUGCUCCCACAACCUCAGAGAUGGAAGACACCAGGAAGCGCGUCAUUUCCUGCUUCGAGUCAGUCUUCCACUAUCGGCUUGUUCGAAUGACUAAGCAAUAUUAUAUAUUCGCCCAGAGCGGCUGCACUCGCAUCUGGAUGCAAAGUUCAAGUUACGGUUGGAUCGGUAGGCAACGAAAUCAGGCAAAACAAAGCACUUGUGGCUUGGUACUGAAUGUUGUACCAGGCGAUGAGCUUGCUGAUGUUGUCCUGAAGCGCUACGGUGCUAUUGAUUAUGAAUGGGGCAUCAAGAGUGCUUCUACUGAUUUCGUGAGUGUUUCGCACAUCCAGAAAGUGCGAGAGAGUUGA